AUGCGCGUUGCGCCGCUCUCCCUCCCUGGGCCGCGUCUCGUCGCCGCCAUGCCUCUCGCCAAAGACUUACUGCAUCCGUCUCUCGUCGACGAGAAGAGGAAACACAAGAAAAAGCGUCUCGUUCAGAGCCCUAACUCCUACUUCAUGGAUGUGAAAUGCCCAGGCUGCUACAAGAUCACGACCGUGUUCAGCCAUGCCCAGACGGUGGUGCUGUGCGUGGGCUGCUCCACGGUGCUGUGCCAGCCCACGGGGGGGAAGGCGCGACUCACAGAAGGGUGCUCCUUCAGGAGAAAGCAGCAUUAGUCUCUCCCACCUCCCGUAAUGAUGUGAAGAUGGACAUCACGGCCCCACGACUAUUUUCAUAACAUUGUGCGUCGUUUAUAAUGCCGAUGUAGUCAAAACUACGCGGCGAAACAGCUGCCGUCUGCCCAUCUUGAUUUCAUUGUAAUAAAGCAUCCCAACAAAA